GGGGCCAGGACCCUCCAAUGGGCGCCGCCCCCCGCCCGCGCCUCCCUCGAGCCAGCACUCGGCGCGGAGCCGGCGGAGCAGGCGCCAUGGGGGUGUUGCACUACUAUGUGCGCCCGGGGGGGUCCGGGCUGGAGCAGGGUCCCGGGGCGCGGCUGCGGGCAGCACGGGGGGCACUGGGGGGGGCUCGUGCCGUCGCCCUCGAGCUCUGCUACAACGUCAGCUGGACCGGCUCCUCGCCACCGGACUCACGGGAGACACAGGUGCUGCACUGGCUCUUCGGCUGCCCCUUUGCCGUGGACGAUGUCGCCCCCAAGUCCUUCCUGCGCCCCGAGCCCCACGACCUGCUCAUUGAGAUCGGGCCCCGGCUGAACUUCUCAACCCCGGCCUCCACCAACGCCGUAUCUGUGUGCCGCUCCGCCGGACUGGAUGCCGUAGACCGGGUGGAGUGUUCUCGUCGCUAUCUGCUGCAGUUCCCAGAGCACCCCUCCCCUGAGGAAGAGGCACGCAUAGUGGAGGCGCUGGGUGAUCGCAUGACGGAGCAGCGCUACCUUGAGCCUAUCGCCAGCUUUGCUGUCGCUGCCCGCCCUGCCCCCGUGUUUCCCGUGGAUGUGCUGGGGCAGGGUCGCACCGCUCUCAAACAUGCCAAUCAGGAGCUGGGGCUGGCAUUUGACGAGUGGGACCUGGACUUCUACACACGGCUCUUCCAGCGCGUUGGGCGCAACCCCACCAGCGUCGAGUGCUUCGACUUGGCCCAGUCCAACAGCGAGCACAGCCGGCACUGGUUCUUCAAGGGGCAGCUGCGGGUGGAUGGGCAGGAGCUGCCGCAGUCGCUCUUCCAGGCCAUCAUGAGCACCCAGGACUCAAGCAACCCCAACAAUGUCAUCAAGUUCUCCGACAACAGCAGUGCCAUCCAAGGCCGAGCUGUCCUGGCGCUGUGGCCCAGUGACCCCACACGGCCGAGCCCCUUCGAGAAGCGAACGACUACACGGCACGUCGUCUUCACUGCCGAGACCCACAACUUCCCCACUGGCGUGGCCCCAUUCAGCGGCGCCACAACAGGCACGGGCGGGCGCAUCCGGGACGUUCAAUGCACAGGGCGUGGCGCCCACGUCAUCGCCGCCACCGCCGGGUACAGCUUUGGCAACCUGCACAUCCCCGGCUACCCACUGCCGUGGGAGGAUGCAGCGCUGCCCUACCCGGAGGCCUUUGCUCGCCCACUGGAGGUGGCUAUUGGGGCCAGCGAUGGUGCCUCUGACUAUGGCAACAAGUUUGGGGAGCCUGUCCUGGCCGGCUUCGCACGUUCCUUUGGGCAGGUGCUGGCGGACAAGCGGCGCCGUGAGUGGAUCAAGCCCAUCAUGUUUAGCGGUGGCAUUGGUGCCAUCGAGGAUGCCCAUGUGCGCAAGGAGCCUGCCCAGCCUGGCAUGAAAGUGGUGAAGGUCGGGGGCCCUGUGUACCGCAUUGGCGUCGGGGGCGGUGCCGCCUCCUCCAUCCAAGUGCAAGGGGACAACACGGGGGAGCGGGACUGGGGCGCGGUGCAGCGUGGUGACGCCGAGAUGGAGCAGAAGCUGCAGCGCCUGCUGCGCGGGUGUGUGGAGCUGGGCGACUGCAACCCUAUCUGCAGCCUCCACGACCAGGGUGCUGGUGGCAAUGGGAACGUGCUGAAGGAGCUAAGUGAGCCAGCCGGGGCCAUCAUCUUUGCCAGUCGUUUCCAGCUGGGAGACCCGACGCUGAGCGUGCUGGAGAUCUGGGGGGCUGAGUACCAGGAGUCCAAUGCGUUGCUGUUGCGUCCCCCCCACGCUGAGCUCCUGCAGCGCCUGGGUCAGCGGGAGCGCUGCCCAGUACAGCUCGUCGGCACUGUCACUGGUGAUGGACGGAUCAUUCUGGUGGACGAUCUGGCGGCGCCAGUGCAGGAGGGGGACCCAGAGGAGGUGGGAGGAUGCCCCACCCCCGUUGACCUGCAGCUUGAGUGGGUGCUAGGCAAGAUGCCCCAGAAGGAGUUCGAGCUGGCACGGGAGCAGUCUGUGCUGCGGCCACUGGAGCUGCCGCUAGGGCUCUCUGUGCACCAGGCCCUGGACCGUGUUCUGCGCCUGCCUGCCGUUGCCAGUAAGCGCUACCUCACCAGCAAGGUGGACCGGUCAGUGACGGGGCUGGUGGCCCAGCAGCAGUGCGUGGGGCCACUGGCCACACCGCUGGCCGAUGUGGCGGUGGUGGCACUGUCACCCUUCGAGACGCUGGGGGCGGCCACAGCACUGGGGGAGCAGCCAAUCAAGGGGCUUUUGGACCCUAGUGCUGGUGCCCGCCUCUCGGUGGCCGAGGCCCUCACCAACCUCGUCUUUGCCCGCGUCACACAUCUGCGCGACGUGAAGUGCAGCGGGAACUGGAUGUGGGCAGCCAAGGCCCCAGGGCAGGGAGCGGCACUGGCCGAGGCUGUAGGGGCGGCCGUGGCACUGCUAAGCCAGCUGGGCGUGGCCGUGGACGGUGGCAAGGACUCGCUCAGCAUGGCCGCCCGUGUUGGCUCCCACACCGUGCUGGCUCCUGGGACACUGGUGGUCUCAGCCUAUGCCGUCUGCCCUGACAUCACUGCCACUGUCACUCCUGACCUCAAGUGCCCUGAUGGCAAAGGGACCCUGCUGCAUGUGGCGCUCAACCCGGGGCGGCACCGUCUGGGGGGCAGUGCCCUGGCUCAGUGCUAUGGGCAGCUGGGAGACAUCUGCCCCGACGUGGACAACCCCAGCAUCCUGGCCGCUGCCUUCCGCGUCACCCAGGAGCUCCUUGAGGAGUCGGCGCUGAGUGCAGGGCAUGACGUGAGCGAUGGGGGCCUUGUCACAUGCCUGCUGGAAAUGGCAUUUGCUGGCAAUUGUGGCUUGCAGGCCCAGCUCGACGCCUCGGGGGCCACCCCGCUGGAGGUGCUGUUCGCAGAGGAGCCAGGACUGGUGCUGGAGGUGCCACAGGCGGCAGCCGCAGACAUCUGCCUGCGCUACCAGGAGGCUGGUGUCAGCUGCCUGCCCAUCGGGCACACAGGCCCCCCUGGGCCUCAGGCCACGGUGAGCGUGCAGGUGGCCAAGCAGGAGGUGCUGUCCGAGCCCGUGGGGCUGCUGCGGGGGUGGUGGGAGGCCACGAGCUUCCAGCUGGAGCGGCUGCAGGCAGCGCCAGCCUGCGUGGAGCAGGAGGAGGCUGGCCUGGCCCGACGCACCGGCCCCACCUUUACCCUGACCUUCGACCCCGCCCAAGGGCUCCCCCUGCUGCACCAUGUGGAGCUGCUGGCGCCAUGUGUGGCCGUCCUGCGUGAAGAGGGCAGCAACGGCGACCGCGAGAUGGUGGCUGCGUUUGUCAUGGCUGGCUUCCAGGUCUGGGACGUCACCAUGCACGACCUGUGCACCGGUGCUGUCUCCCUCGAUGCUUUCCGCGGCCUCGUCUUCGUGGGCGGCUUCAGCUAUGCCGAUGUCCUGGGCUCUGCCAAAGGCUGGGCGGCAGCUGUGACCUUCCACCCUCGGGCCCGCGCCCAGUUUGAGGCCUUCCGGCGCCGCCGAAACACCUUCAGCCUUGGCGUCUGCAAUGGCUGCCAGCUUAUGGCCCUGCUGGGCUGGGUGGGCAUCCCUGACUCUGACCUUGACCCUGACUCCCAGGGACCCGAGGAGGUCCCACGGCCCGGGGUGCUGCUGGCACCGAACGAGUCUGGGCGCUUUGAGUCGCGCUUCGUGACGGUAUCCGUGGGGCCAGGGCCAGCGCUCAUGCUGCGUGGCAUGGCUGGCUCCACUCUCGGUGUCUGGGUGGCCCAUGGAGAAGGCCGCGUGCAGUUCCGGAGCCCAGCAAGGCUGGCAGCAGCGGCCGAGAGGGGCCUGACCCCCCUGCGCUAUGUGGAUGACGGGGGCCAGCCCACGCAGGAAUACCCACUUAAUCCCAACGGCUCGCCACUGGGCAUCGCGGGGAUCUGCUCGCCUGACGGGCGCCACCUGGCCAUGAUGCCACACCCUGAACGCUGCGUGCUGCCCUGGCAGUGGCCCUGGAUGCCACCGAGCUGGCGCCGUGACCUGCACAUCUCACCCUGGCUACGCCUUUUCCAGAAUGCCUAUGACUGGUGCCUGUGCUACCCCCAUGGCGAGCCCUGACCCCCCUUCCAGCCAACAAGGGCCACCACAUUGCUCAUGCCUGCCACCAGUAGGGUGACAGGGCACCCCCCCCAGCCCCACCCCCCCUGUCCUGCAUUGGCCAAUCAGUUCAGGUGGGGCUGAGGCCACACCCUCCACUGUACAAUUGGCCAAUCAGUGUGGGUAGGAAUGAAGCCAGCCCCUUUCUUCCUGCAGUGCCUUGGGUGAAGCCACAUUCCUGCCUUGCACUGGCCAAUCAGUGCAGGUGGGGAUGAGACUACGCCCCCUUCCUCCUACUGCGCCUUGAGCCAGGCCAUGCUCCUUGUACUAACCAAUCAGUGGAGGUUUCCCUACAGUGCUUGGGACCAAACCACACACCCUUUUUUGCCUUGGCCAGUCAAUGGAUUAAACUGCGCCCCUUUGUAGGUGUGGUCCAGGGCCAAGCCCUGCCCCCUCUGCUUUCAUUGGCCAAUCUUAAGUGCCUUAGAAACCAAUCCCUGCCCUUCCCCUUGUUUUUCACCCACCCUGCAUCGGCUCUUGGGAGCAGUCUAGGGUUCAACCCAGCCAUCUUCUUCCUUGCUCUAGUCAGUCUGGCUGUAGGUGGACUAAGCCAUGCCCCCUGAACCCUUGAAUAAAAGGUCUGAGCCUG